AUGGAAUUUUCCUCCCAAUAUAUUAUUAUUAACUCUAUCAUCACUCGGUGUUUGAUUCGCUUCGUGCUUGCGCAGUUUUUGAGCCUGGGCCUGUGUGCUCCUCAUGAUUCCGUAUUUGCUAUUAACCCAACCGACGAAGCCGACCCCUACUUUGACUCGGCCAACUCCACAUUCACUGCCAGCUUCCGUGGCGGCAAGGCUGUGUCUGUCAAGGACUAUCCGUUCAUUAUUGCUGGUCUCCGCGAAGGCGGUCCUCGCCCCAAGGGCCAAGCCUGCACUGGCUCUGUCAUUGCACCACGGAAAAUCCUCAUUGCAGCUCAUUGCACAGAGCCGUCCGGCCACAAAACCUUUGUCUAUGGCCAUGAUGACUUGAACAAGGGUGAAUUGAAAAAGAUCGAAGUGGUCAGCUACAAAAUGCACCCCAAGUACAGGGUUGGCGAGUUUCUAAAAGGAUGGGAUGUCGGCAUCGUUACGACAGCAGAAGAUAUUCCUGUCCCAGGCGGCCAGUAUGCCAAGUUUGCAACGUCCGCCGAUAAGGGUAUUGCAAAGCCAGGCAAGAAGGCUUUCGCUCUGGGCGAUGGUCGAAAGACCCCCGACGAUAACUCAAACGGCGAGUUGCAUCGCGGCGAGCUUCCCAUCGAGGCCCCUGCGAUUAGACUGGGCAGGGGCUCAAAUUGCUUCCCGAGUCCAUGGUAUGCAGCGGUACUUCUAAUGGUCAACCUUGCCAAAUUUUACCGGGGGAUUCGGGUGGUCCUCUUAUUGUUGACGGAGUCAUCGUUGGCGUUGGGUCAGAGUACAUUCGACUGGUACAGCAUCUAUGGUAGAUUAGAUGGUGAGGCGGGAGAUUGGAUAGCAGAAGAGGUGAGGAAGGACAAAUAAUAUCCCAAUAGUUGCUGCGUACGCUGCACAUAC